GCGGCGGGGCGGGCAGGCCCGGAGGGGAGUGCCCGCAGCCCGCCCCGCCCCUCGCGCCUCGGCUCCGCCUCGCCUCGCCAUGGUGGAGCAGGGAGACGCGGCGCCGCUACUGCGCUGGGCCGAGGGCCCCGCGGUCUCUGUGCCGCAGGACCCCGCGCUGCAGGCGGGAGGAUGGGCUCGGGGCGGCGGUGGGAGCGGCCGAGCGGCCGCGGAAGCGCCCCGAAGGCGGGAACCCGACGAGCCAGCACCCCCCGAAGUGCUGCUGCAGCCCGGGCGUCUGGAGCUGGGCGACGUGGAGGAGGACCAGGUGGUGGCUGUGUUCGUGGUCACCUUCGAUCCCCGCUCGGGAAACAUGGUAGAAUGGUGCUUACCACAAGACAUUGACCUUGAAGGUGUCGAGUUCAAGUCUAUGGCCAGUGGGUCCCAUAAAGUUCAGUCUGAUUUCAUCUAUUUUCGAAAGGGGCCCUUCUUUGGCCUGGCCUGCUUUGCCAACAUGCCCGUGGAGAGCGAGCUGGAGCGUGGCGCGCGGAUGAAGUCUGUGGGUAUCCUCUCUCCAUCCUAUACCCUGCUCUACCGCUAUAUGCACUUCCUGGAGAACCAGGUUCGACACCAGCUGGAGAUGCCGGGACACUAUUCUCAUCUGGCCGCAUUCUAUGAAGACAAGAAAGGGGUGCUCCAUGCCGGCCCCGGAAGGGGUGGCAGCCUGCCACCCGUCUACUGGCUGCCUUCCAUCCACCGCUACAUGUACCCCGAGAUGAAGAUCACACACCCGGCUGGCUGCAUGUCUCAGUUUAUUAAGUUCUUUGGAGAACAGAUCCUCAUUCUUUGGAAGUUUGCCUUACUCCGAAAGCGCAUUCUGAUAUUUUCUCCCCCACCCGUGGGCGUCGUGUGCUACAGAGUGUACUGCUGCUGUUGUCUGGCCAAUGUCUCACUGCCUGGCAUUGGAGGCACCAUCCCUGAGUCGAAGCCUUUCUUCUAUGUGAAUGUGGCUGACAUUGAGAGCCUGGAAGUAGAGGUGUCCUAUGUAGCCUGCACCACAGAGAAGAUAUUUGAGGAAAAGAGGGAGCUGUACGACGUCUAUGUGGAUAACCAGAAUGUAAAGACACACCACGACCACCUGCAGCCCCUGCUGAAGAUCAACAGCGCUGACAGGGAGAAGUAUCGUCGGCUCAAUGAGCAGAGGCAGAUGCUGCUGUACUCCCAGGAAGUUGAAGGAGACUACAACCCUUGUGAAGAAGACCUCUUUGUGCUGUUUUUCCUAGAGCAAAACAACCGGAUUUUUCAGACUCUGUUGGAGGUGUCCGCCAGUCAAGACAAAACUUUAACAGCAGAGCAUGCCCGAGGCAUGGGACUGGACCCCCAGGGAGACAGGAGCUUUCUGAUGGACCUGCUGGAGGCCUAUGGCAUCGAUGUCAUGCUGGUCAUUGAUAACCCCUGUUGUCCAUAGGAGGAGGACCAGGACUUGGUGGUGAGCCGCUCAUGUGGGGUGACAGGAGCCUGGCGUGCACCCCAGGCCCUCGGCAGCUUCAGUUUAAGUUAACACAAAGGACUGUUUAGACUCUCCAAUCCAUGUAAUGUGUGCCAUUUCCUUUCUCCCUUCCGCCCUGGGGCUGAGGUGAGGCCAUCGGGUUUUGUAACCUUUGGUUGGACAUUGGAAUCUACUGUCUUCUGCUGCUGCUGCUUUGGGUUUAGUCUUAGGGGUUCCGUCAGUCAGAGGGAGAAUAUGAUACCCAUGAGUCCUAGUGUGGCCUUAGAUGUGCAUCUGCCUAAAACCAGAAACUAAUCAGAUGACCUUUUAGGGUCACCAAGUUCUAGGGGUCAGGUCACAGGCCAAGUCUGCGUCUUCUGGGUUGAUUGGAGUGGGGACCACAGAGAAGGAAAGCAGUGUUUCUGACAGAAUGUCAGGGAAAGGUAGAAAACUAGGAUGAAUCUUUUUGAAACCCUUUCUAAAGUAAGGUCAUGGUAGCUACACAGCAUAACACACCCCUAGCCCCUCCUGCAUCUGAAUCCCUUCCGGAUGGCUUGGUGAAUUCUGAAUUCUUGGCCCCGGAGCUUAUAUAAGCAAGUUCAUUUGACAUUUGAGUCUCUUUUGAGGGCUGACUAUCUUCUUGGUGUAACAGGUUCAACAGGUAAGGGAAGACAUCUCAAGGUUCUCUGAGAGCUCUCUGGAGGGAUUGUUUGCUGUCCUAAAGCAGAUAUUUCUACUGAAUUCAGAAAUGUUGCCAGGGUCUGAGCUGGUUGACUCAGUUUGGGAUGUGGUGGGAACAGAUCUCUUAACUGGUUUAAAACUUCCACAGACUUAUCUUUAGCAGAGAAAACAUUCCUUAGCCUGAGCAGCUGGGUCCACAGAUCCAACACAUUUGACAGGGAAAAUAAAAAGUGCCUCCCCUGCCAGAAGAAUAGCUGGAAAUCGCAGCUGAACAACCAUGCCCGCUUUCUUUGGCCUGGGAUAGAACUUGCAGUCAGCUUGUUCUUUGGGGCUGGGUCACUCGCGACUGCCAGGUUCCUAGAUGAGACACACUAGAUGAGAGGCAGGUGUUAACCAUGCUCAGAAAGCCAGUUCCAAUGCUAGUCUCCUUAAAGAUUUUGACUGAGUUUGCAUUUUCAGUAAUGAUUUCUCCUGUGCUCCUACUGCCUGCCUCUGUUACAUGUGAACAGCUAGCUAGCCAUCCAACAUCCAUGUCUGUAGCCAAAGAGCAGUCAGGCUGAUGUCUGCAGCAGACAGAACUUCAGAUCGCGGGGCUGGGCCUCUUAUCUCAAGUCUAGGUUCUCGCUUAACUCAAGUAUUUUCGCUGUAGUUCCCUGAUUAAAAAUCCAAGAAGGAAGAGAUUUGGGUGUGUGGAGAUGCAAAUACACACUGAUGAGUCAGGGUAACAUCUUUUCUGUAAAUAUAUUAGUAAGUUUAGGCAUUGACAUAAACUGUUCAGCUAAUAGGUUUCUCUUUGCAAUGUGGGUUUAGCCGUCAUCCCAGUAACGUUUACAAAAAACAGCUGUGCUCAGUGGCUCAAUUUUCACCCGUUCCUUCCUGUGGCUGACUUCUCCUCGUGCCCCAGGGCCGACUGAAUAGGGACCAUCAGAUGCUGAUGAAACAACACUUCCAGUAAUCUCUGAGAGCCUCCAAGUUGGACGUAGAUAUCCAGCCAGAGAUAGGAAGAGCCCUUUCUGAAAACCUCCCCAGAGCCUUCUGCUUGCCACCACUGUUCCUGUGCUGAUGCAAGCUGAUCUAAAGAUAGCAAGGGUGAGAAAAGCUGUCCUUUGUGAAGUUGGGCCCCCUGGACCCUUUCUAACUAAGCCUCUGAUUUCCUGAUCUCUUUGUACCCCGCCCACCCUUGCAGAGGACAGUGUAUAGGUGGCCCAGAGGGAUACAACCCCCAGAUGAUGCUGUGUCUUAGGUCAUAGGUUCUGGGCUCAGCUGACCCCAGAGCAGGACUUUUUGUUCAACAUCUCUUUCAAUCCUUUCCUACUCUGCCAGCUUCCUCCUGCAGCCAGAACCUGGCACAGACCUCUGUGUGGCCCAACAGAUGUAUGUUAGCACCUCUGCAGGCUUUGCCUCCAUUAUCAGCUUCAGAGUACGCCUUAGAAGUGAAUUCCUGUCUGUGUCCCUGUGAGGUCUCACUUCAUCAGACUGAUCCCCCCAGUGGCGGUGAGCGAUGCAGGCCUGCCUCAUGUGCUUCAGGUUCCCCAUACAGCGAAGACAUUUGGAUAGACGGAUACAGGACCCCUCUACCAUGAUGGCACAGAACCUCGCAGCCACAGGAUUUUUUUUUUGCCACUUUUGAAAUGCUUUCUAAAAACCCAUCUUGUUUUAUUAGGAAGAAAGAAGUGAGUUCAUACCCUUCACAACUUUCUAGGUCUGACAGUCAGCAGAGUCAGGCAUUUUUUUUCUUUUAAAUUACCACUGGCCUCUAGGGAACAGGGUUAAAAAUUCAGGUGUGGAUCCUGCCACUCUCCUGGUGGUCCACCCAGAUCCCUGCCUAAGCUAACAGAGCCCUUCUGGGGAGCACUAAACCCCAUCUGUACCAUGCUAUGAAUCAUGUGCCAACCCGAAACACUUCCUGACUUGAGUUGCUGGCUACUCAGUCAUUCUUAAAUUAGAAGAAAUUCCAAGUGGCCACAAUCCUCAGAGGGAUUGGGGUUUUAGAGUUGUGGACAUCCAUAUUAAGUAUAACAAAGGCCUCUUAAAGUGGAUGUUGUCAAUUUCAUUAGCAGAUGGUAGGAAAUAGUUGGCUAGCUGGUGCCUGGCUCAGGACUCUUUCUCCAAAAGGAGUAAAAACAGCAGAGCUUAUCUCUCCAGAGUCUUCAGAGGAAGGCCAGGUCAUUGCUUGGUAUUAGCUUGGGCUUUAUACAUGGAUCCAGGCCAGUGUUGGUGUCCUACCUGGGGUACAGUGUGACAGGAGGCGUUGGCCUCCCACACUCCCACCCUCCCUGGCUGUGGGAGAGAAGCUGUUUCCAUGGCUGUGCCAGAAUAGGAUAGGAACUCGAGACUGUCGCUUACCUUGCUGAAAACCACAGGAAAGGUGAGAGCGACACUCAGGAGACAAAAGUGUUAAAUGCUUCGUGGGAAGGCUCGCUUACAUACUUCCCUGACGUUAGUUAGCUAGGAGAUAAAAGUAAAUUAAGUCAUAGCUUGUGGCUGUCUUCCUUCUGGUGGUGGCAGGUGGUGAACCUGCUCUGUCUUGAGGCACUGAAAGCAUAUGGAUGCAGUGAGAGAGGAAAAUGGGACUUUCAGGGAGACUUGCACAGGGUGGCACCCAGUUAGCCUUCUGGUGGCAAACGCUAGCCUCUAGAGACACAGGCACUCAGGAACUGUCCUUUCCCUUAAACUCACAGCGGAGAGUGGAUCGCGGUGCUCUCCCCAGGUUCCGUGCAGUGGUCCUUGUGUGGUAAAGAAGGGAUACAGGGUGUGGAUGAACAGAAUUACAGGAUAAUGCCGAGUUUCACAGUGAACUUGCCUUACCAUGAGAAGAGUUUGAAAACUGACGAGAAGCUCUCUGUAGGAAGACCCAACAGGCCCUCCAGGGCUGCCAUCUCCCCACCAGACUUGCAGGCAGGUAGGCUAUGAAGAGCUGUCAGCCAUCUCACCCAUGGCUGGCACAACCCCAUGGUGAGGAUCCUGGGGGCCUGUGGGCUUUACCUCAGCAGACCUAGUCUCAUCCCUUCUCAUCUCAUGGAAAUCCUUUUCUGAUUCAGGUAGGGGGAGGGGAGAGGCUGAGGGCUCCUUUAUACCCAGCGCAUGGGUUUUGACUCUUCCACUUUAUUGCUAGCAUACCUCUGCUUCCAGAAGCGACUAGAGUACUGAGUGUGUUGUAGGAAAAAGACUGUGAAUUAAGGUAAUGUUUUCCCUAUGAGAAACACAAGUUUAUUUUUAUAUCAGUGUUACUGAGUACUAAAGUGUUGCAAUGGAAAGGAAUUGCAAAGUCAUAAUCUAAGAAGGAAUAGGCAGCUUUGUAAUUGGACAGCCGCCGAGGCCUUUAGUGUCAUUGUCCAUGAUAGUGUACUGAAGCUGAGCACAGACUGUGAGAACUUCUUCAGUGGCACUAGUUGGCCUGGGACGGAUGAGAUGGCCACCACCUUUGGCCGAAGCUCCAGGACAGAAGGGAUAAAUGCAGUCCUUCGGUGACUGCCCCUCCUGGUCAAGGGAGACGGUGGGAAUGGGGGUGGUUUCUAGCUGGCACUUUAAUUCACUGAAGCGACUGCAAGUUGGGUGAUGAGGCUGUAAAUUUAGAAGAGGAAUAGAAGUCUCAGUGCUAUAUAGAGAAAUGAAGAUGGGAUAAAGAAAGCUCUGCUUUCAUCUCUUUAGAACUUAUUCUAGAACCAUGUUGACUUUACAGCAGAGGAUUUAUUUACUUUUGCAGCAGGUUCUUGCUCAGUCUCAUGGUGAGUUUAUUUUGCUUCCCAUGAUACUGGGGCUUAUGAGGGCAGAACAGGGUUUUAUAAAAUUUGUAUAGACGGAACUUCAAAGUGAAAUACCCAGCAAAUAUAUUUAAUUGAAAUUGUAUCUGGGUAAAUUAAAUAAAGAUAUAUAAAAGUUAGGAAAACUAACAUCAGCCAUCAGCCAUGGGGGAAUCUGGCUGAGCUCCUGAACUGCCAGCAUGGGUGGCUUCUAGGAUUUGGGGUGUAGGUAAACAAAACAAGUUCUUUAUUUGUCCAGAACUUGCUGGCUAAAUUUUUAUAUAAGUCUGGAAUAUAAUCCUUUCCUGAAGAAAUAGUUGUCACCAAGGAAAUCUGUUUUCCAAUUUUUUUUCUUUUUAAAACAUUAAGUGUCCCUGUUGCCUUAAAUGUAAAAACCUACUUUGAGUAAUAACCCCAGCCUAAGAGUUAUAGCAAUAAGAGAACCCAAAUCUAUUUUUGUUUCAAGUCUUUACCUCUAUGACAAAGUCAGAAAGAUAAUUGGUAAGUAUUGCUCUGGGUACUACUGCAGACCAAUGUAUCCUUUCUCUGUGUCUUCAAUUGUGUGUUAUUUACAGACCUGGAGAGAGCUGGACUUAACCCUGAGGCUAAGUGCAAAUGUUUCUUGAAUUGAUUCUUUCUGUGGUACAAGUAACACCUGUGUAUAUCUGUAUAUAUCUGAACCAAGUUAUGUGCAGAGGUUGAUAAUAACUAUAUUUACAAAAACCCCCAAAUUUUUACAAUUAAAGUCCACAUUUUAACAUGAG